AAGACACUCGCGUCUAUUUAAUCGGCCCGCCGGCUCGUCAUCGCUUAUUCUUAACCUCAUGCGUUGAAAUGGUGAUCUUAUCUGAGGAACUACAACCAAACGGCUCGCUCUGCCUCCUCUCCGGCUGAUUAUUAGUCGCCAUUGCGCAGUCAAUGUUAUUAAGAGUGUUAGCGCUCGCGUUAGUGCGCGUCGCUGCAGAUCAUUUCUCUCUCAGGAGACCACUAGAGGUGGACUCUCCGUCAGUCUGUUUACACUGAGGACGCCUUAAAUCGAGCCUUUAUCUCCAUAACCGACCCACAGAAGGACACUGACACCAUGUUUGAAACCAGAGGAAUCCCCUUUAUAUUGCUUGACAUUGCGUGCCUAAUACUCGCUGGCCUCCCGCUUGCAGCGUUUAACCUGGGUAAAAUCAAACCGUAUCAGCGGGGCUUUUUCUGUAAUGAUGAGAGCAUCAGCUAUCCCUUCCACUCCAGCACAGUCACCUCCACUGUGCUCUACACAAUGGGCUUCACACUUCCAAUUUGUAGUAUGAUCAUAGGGGAGUGCCUUUCAGUCUAUCUAAACUGCGUCAAAUCAAAGUCUUUCUGCAACAGUUAUGUGGCCUGUAUCUAUAAGGCCAUUGGCACCUUCUUGUUUGGUGCCGCCAUGAGCCAAUCACUCACUGACAUUGCCAAGUAUUCCAUCGGCCGGCUGAGGCCACACUUCCUGGAUGUGUGCAGACCGGACUGGAUGCAGAUCAACUGCACAGGAGGGGCUUACAUUGAGGACUUCAUCUGCACUGGGGAUUCAACCAAGGUCAAUGAGGGAAGACUCUCUUUUUACUCGGGACACUCCUCAUUCUCCAUGUACUGUAUGCUGUUCUUGGCGCUUUAUCUUCAAGCAAGAAUGCAAGCCGAAUGGGCACGGCUCCUUCGCCCCACGCUCCAGUUCUUCCUGAUCGCCGCCUCCGUCUAUACGGGACUGUCCCGUGUCUCAGACUACAAACACCACUGGAGUGAUGUACUCGCAGGACUCAUACAAGGAGCCAUCGUGGCUUUACUAGUGGUUUUCUGUGUGUCGGAUUUCUUCAAAAAGAAAGUCGAACCACAGAAGGAGGCCGAGAUCCCACACACCACCUUACAAGAGACACCUACGAAUGGAAAUCAUUAUGAAAACCCAAACUAAGCUAUGAUGAGUCUCUGUGGAUGGGAAGGGGUUUCAGCGUGCACCCACUAUGAGGGCAGACCACUAGGGUGGAAACCUGUGAAUGUAACCUUGCUUUCUAUGUUCUCCAGACGGCCCUUUCUGGGGACUUCUCUAUGGACUCUGUCCCACGUUGCCUUGGCUGGACUGGACUGCUUCUGCUGCUACCACAGCUUCCUCUGUAUCUCCAAAAACUAAUAUGUGUACCUCUAUUAAGCCACAAGAGAAAAAACUUUUUUUAUCUGUAU